AUGACCUUUACGGGAGACACUGCCGUUUUAGCCGACGAACUCGUACUGGCCAAUAUCACCGAGACCGUCAUGCAAAAGGCCGCAUACGAUGUAAUCCAACGCGAUCUAGCUGGGGUCAUCGUCACCGAAUCGGCUGAGCGUAAAUACAUGCCCACACAGCUGCUGGAGCUUCCAAGGCUGAUAGCUGAAAAGGCGCUUACGAACUCGCUAGUGGACGGCUGCAAAGAACUAUUUGCCGGCAUGGAUAAGCCCUCGAAAUCUAGUUGGGUGAAAUCCAUCCGCAACAAUCUGCAGCGCGCCAUCGCCGACUACAGCACGCAAUCUGCAUCGGAUAACCUGAUACCUUCGGCCGUCCAGUCCAUCCCGUGGCCAACAGAAAUCCGCAGCCAGAUCAUGGCCAUUCAAAGUCGGCAACCGAACUCCUGCCUACCGGAACAAAACCCUUCCCUCAUCGGACACGGCUUCGACGUCACCCGCGCCGAUCCCUUCGCGGAGAACUUCCAAGCGGGAAUCCAUCUCGGUGAUUCGCUCCUGCACUUUCGCCGCUGUACGGCCUCCAGUCGCUGCAAUGCUGUCAAUCAGUGCACGGUGAUGGGUCCGGGGCUGAAAAUCUCCGAGAAGCACGUCUUCACUUCCGCCGAUGAUCACCACAGCGCUGUGCUGGAAUCGCUUGAUUUUAAAGAUGUUCCUAAUGAGAAAAUUUCCAUUAAUGCUGGCAUUCGCAGUGUCACCUCAAAGCGUCUGAAGCAGUUUCUGACCGAAGAAGCCACGAUCAGCGAUGAAGUGACGGGAUAUCUGGUCAUGCAAUCCCGUCUGUCGUACCACGCGGAUGAUCUUUUACUGGACCCGCGACUGAUUUCUGCCGCCUGCUCUCUUCCCGAUUUCUACGAUGCUGUGGAGUACACGCACUUCAUCCGCAAAUUCGGCACCCACAUCAUUGAGGGCGUCACCUAUGGGAACGUCACGCUGAACCGUACCAUCGCUUUCCGUCAACCCGUCAACGGCACCAUGCUUUUCGCUCCGGAGACGGUAGUGACGGCGCCGGCCCUGCGGCCCAUUAAACUGCACCUCCGGAACAUCAGCUCGUACUUCACCCCGCUGGCUGUCAGCCAGUCACUGCUCUCCAGCCGCUGCCAGAAGUUCGAGAAUACAACAUUUUUGGAAGAGUUCCGAAACCUUCUGGAAGACGCCGUGGCGGACUAUGUAACGGCACGGAAUAUCUUGGCGCGUCCGGCGGCGCCGGUGACACCGACACCGUUGGCCGUCGAGGAAGAGAGUCACGUGCUAAAGAAACUGGAUACUGUCAUGGACAGCUGCGCUAGUGGAGAACAUGCGGCUGUUGAACUUAUGACUCAAUCCAAAGCGUUAAAGCGUGACUUUAUCAGGAAGCAGCUGUCCAAGGCCACCGUACACUGGCAGUGCCGUGACGCGGACACUUUAUGGGCUAUCAAUACAACGGUCAUCGGCAUCACUAUCCGCGACGACUCAGAUCAGCCGUUGGAACAACUCGCGGUGGCCGUCAACGCCUACGGUGAAUUUUCGUUGACUCUCCCCCGAUCGGACAACUACCACCUGAUUGUCGAAGCCGUCGGGUACCACCCGCUGGUACUCCGCAGUCCGUCGGCGCUCUUCGCCAGGUGUCUGGAAUCGGGAUGGCGAGCGGAGCUGUAUGGGCACAGACUGCCCCUUACGAUGCCGAUAAAACGCCGAAUGAUGUUGUUGUCGAGCUACGAUCCGGUCUGCACAACUACAGUGGCAUCCCGCUAA